AUGGCAGAAUACGUUGAAGUACCCGAACGAGGGCUUCAAGUGAAAAUUAAGCUGGCCGAUUAUGAACUUGUGGAAAUGUGGUACAAGGGAGAACUCUUUGGAGAUAGAGCUCGAUUCGCGACGAGAGAGCCUCAUGAUUCUAUUUGGAAGUUUAUUGAAUCCCAAUACUACGAUUCAAUGGAUAAUUUGCGAAUCCAAAUCACUCGUCGCAUCCAAGCUCUCGUUGCACAUUUCUUCAAAUCCACCCCAAUUCAUGAGGAUUUCUUCUUCAAAAAAGUCGUCAUCAUUUUGAGGCCCAAAAAAUCCAAGAAACUAGUGCUGAAAAGCUUUAAAUUCGUCCCUCGUGGCUCGUUACAAGUGCUCUUCCCUGAUAAUGUCAAGCGUAUGGGCUCGCUGAACUCGUUGAUAAUGUACUCGACGGUAGCUGGUUCUUUUAGUACGAUUCUUUGGCAGUAUCUGACCGAGACAGCGCUGGUGAAAGAAUAUCUUGUGCCGAUAACAAUUGUUCUUUAUCGAUUCUGGUACAAUUACGAUUAUCGUCGAAAACGAUACGAUGCGACCAUCGCUCAUCUUUUGUACAACAACAACCUUUCAAACAACAUCGGUGUUGUUCAUGAAAUCAUCGAUCAAGCGGAGAACGAAAGAUUCAUGAGCUCAAUUCUUCUUUAUUGUGCAUUGAUCCACGAAGACACUGUGGCAAGAGGAAGACCUGAUUUUGACGGCUAUUCCAUCGAGAAGAUCGACGAGAAAAUUGAACGUUGGGUCAAAGAAUUUUCCAAGCUGAAAACGCAUGAUUUCGACGAAUUUACCGCCAUCGAAAAUCUCAAGAAACUGAAGCUGCUUCACCCAACCAAACCUGGUCUAUACAGAGCGAAGACAUUGGACCUUGCUAUUCAUGAUCUCGAGAGAACUGUAUCGACAGAAAUCAUCAAAAGCGUCUAUUCGACAAAGGACGAACUUGAGUGGAAUCAGCUCGUUGAAAAGAGACCGUUCUCGGAUCUUUAUCGCUAG